CCAAAUUUGAAAUGCAAAACAGCCCAAACCGGAUUCCAUCCCUGGUUCUGCUCUUUAUCUAGUCUAGAUCUCCUCCUUCACUCGUCACAGUCACGCGCUAGUUCGUGCCCCAGCCAUUAUCAUCCCCGAGCCAGCACUAGCCAUGGCUCUGCGCUCCUUCUCAACUCUUACUGCUGCUGGCCCCGCCGCCCGUCCUCUUCAACCGAAGAACACGGCAUCCUUAGCUCUCAUUUCCACCAGAACAGAUUAUUGUGUUGAAAGAGAGAACCAAACUGGGCGACUUUGUGCUUCUUCAAAUGGUUUGUCUUGGAGGUCAAGUGCUAAUUAUGUACAUAUGCUGGACGGCACCACUCGAUUCUUGAGCAAGUCAAUGGCAACUAACUAUAUUGCUGUAAACAGGGGAUCAACCUUUAGGUGUGCAACUAUAGAAGAAAUUGAAGCGGAGAAAUUCUUGAUUGAGAAAGAGGCCGAGGCUACAAUUUUUAAGAGGGAGAGGAUGGAGAAAACAAUUGAAACGGUAAGAUCAAACUUCAAUGCAGUAAGGACUGGAAGAGCAAAUCCUGCCAUGCUUGAUGGAAUUGAGGUUGAGUACUAUGGAACUCCUGUAACUUUGAAGAGCAUUGCACAGAUUAGUACACCAGAUGCAAGUUCUCUCCUCGUGCAGCCCUUUGACAAGUCAAGUUUGAAAGUUAUAGAGAAGGCAAUAGUUGGCUCAGAUCUUGGUUUGACACCAAAUAAUGAUGGAGAAGCCAUACGGUUGGUCAUCCCUCAGCUGACUUCUGAGAGAAGAAAGGAAUUUUCAAAACUUGUUGCUAGACAAGCAGAGGAAGGAAAGGUCGCUAUCAGAAAUAUAAGGAGGGAUGCAAUAAAAGCAUACGAGAAACUUGAAAAGGAAAAAAAGCUUUCCGAAGAUAAUGUCAAGGACUUGUCUAGCGAUUUGCAGAAGUUGACUGAUGGAUACAUGAAGAAGCUUGAUUCCUUACUCAAACAGAAGGAGAAGGAACUGCUGACAGUGUAACUCCUUGAUGCAAUUGUAAGUAAGCAGUCCUUUUCUAUGUAAUUUUUAAUUUUAUAGACUGGAGAAUGAAAUUUAUGUAAAUUUGUUAAAUUGUUGGGAUUUUGUUAUUAAUAUGCAUACAAAUAUAAGCUUCAUUUUGCUACCA